AUGGAGCAUAUCAAUCAUCACCCAGACAAAUAUGAGCCAGAUAACGACUAUGCUAUGGACGCUCGCAGCCAUGAAUCCGACGACACAAUUGAAGAAAUUGAUACACUCGAGCUUACCCGUAUCAAUACCUAUCGACUGCAACAGAAAACAACUGUAGGCUCUACGAGAGGGCCUACUCCCCGUGACAGAUGGCUUCCCAUGGGCGCUAACAAAGAUUAUCCACCCAUGCUCCCGGAUUCUGAAGGAUAUGUCGUGGAGUUUGAUGGAGCCGAUGAUCCCUUACAUCCAUAUAAUUGGUCCACCUUUAGACGCAUCAUGCUAGUUUGCAUCUUAUGUUAUGGUACCUUCGCCGGAUCGUUUACUAGCGCUGUCUUUUCGGCUGCUAUUUCUGGCUUCAGCAAGGAGUUCAACACAAGUACCGAAAUUGGCUCCCUUGGCGUGACACUCUAUGUCCUUGGCUUUGCAGCCGGGCCAACAAUUUGGGCACCAGGAUCGGAGCUUAUCGGCAGACGUUGGCCACUAUCUCUCGGUCUUUUCGGAUGCGCUAUCUUCACCUUAGCAUGUGCAGUUGCCAAAGAUAUUCAGACCAUCAUGAUCUGUCGCUUCUUUGCCGGACUAUGCUCGGCCAGCCCUAUUUCAGUCGUUCCCGCUGUGUUUGCAGACUUGUUCAACAACACCCAACGGGGUGUCGUCAUGUCGAUUUUCUGCAUGGCGGUAUUUAUCGGGCCCUUUUCGGCACCGUUCGUGGGUGGCUUCAUUGCAAUGAGCGAUCUGGGUUGGCGAUGGACGAUGUAUAUCUCUGCAAUCAUGGUCUUUGUUGGCUUUGUCCUAAUCUUUGUCUUCCUUGAGGAGACUUAUGCCCCCGUCAUCCUUGUUCGCAAGGCAGCUACCCUUCGCCGACAGACUCGCAAUUGGGGCAUCCAUGCAAAGCAAGAUGAGGUGGAAGUGGAUGUAAAGGAGCUUCUGCGGAACAACUUUGCUCGCCCCAUUAUGAUGUUGAUCACGGAGCCCAUACUGCUUCUGGUCUCAUUGUACAUUUCCUUCAUCUAUGGCCUCAUCUAUGCUCUGCUGGGCGCAUACCCUGUUGUAUUCCAAGGUGUUUACGGCAUGAAUAUGGGUGUCGGUGGACUUGCAUUUGUCGGAAUCAUCAUCGGCGAACUCCUUGGCGGCGUUUAUAUCCUCCUGAUACAGGGUUCAUAUAGAAUCAAGCUGGCGGCAAACGGUGAUAAGCCUAUCCCCGAAUGGCGCCUUCCAUCUGCCAUCAUAGGAGCUGUGUUGUUUGCUGGAGGGAUGUUUUGGUUCGGCUGGACCGGAUUCACUCCGUCCAUUCACUGGAUGGCUCCUAUUGCUUCAGGGCUGAUUACCGGGGCGGGGAUCUUUUUGAUCUUCUUGCAAUGUUUCAAUUAUAUUGUUGACUGCUAUCCUACAUUGGCUGCAUCCACUAUUGCUGCGAACACAAUCCUGCGCUCAGCUAUUGGCUGCUCAUUCCCACUUUUCUCCAAGCAAAUGAUGGAGAAUCUAGGAGUUCAAUGGGCGGGGACAAUGCUUGGAUGUAUCGCGAUCGUGAUGAUUCCGAUUCCUGUUCUGUUCAAGCCUUCCCCCCCGACACUUUUCAGAUCCACGAUGGAAUAUCCUACGAGUAAACAAACGCUUUUUGGUCCGGAUUGGGACCACAAUCGCUGGACCGCCUCCGACGACCGCGUCCGCGGUGGAUCAUCUGUGUCCCAACUCGAGCCUACGGAGGAGGGAGUAAUCUUUCACGGUCACCUCGACAUUGAGACACUUGGGGGCGCCGGUUUUGCCUCACAACGCACGGUCGGAAAUGACCAAAUAUGGGACCUCAGCGGAUACGAUGGUCUUGAGCUACAUAUUGUUCCAUUGGACGGAAAACGAUACACAUUCUCCCUGACAGACGAAAUCCCACAACGGAGGCCAGACGAUCGUGAACAAAGUGCUCUUGUCUGGGAAUAUGAUUUUUACCCGAGUCAGACUGGACGCGAAGUGCGUAUAUCAUGGAAGGAUCUGAAACCGACAUAUCGGGGGAAACCGGUAGAAAAUUCCAGGCCGUUGGACUUGUCGCAUAUAAGGAGGUUUCGGAUCAUGAUGAGAAGUUUCUUUGGGGAGCAACACGGCGACUUUAGCCUGAAGUUUCAAUCGAUCGGAUUGUUCCGCGAGAGUUAUGUUGAUAGCCCUAAUCUCGCAAGGGAGAACUUGCGCUAUGGCGACGAGAAAGCAGAGCCGGCGAAUACUCGAGAGGGUAAAAGGUGGUUCUUGAGUUGUUGUCCAUCCUAA